CAACAGGCAAAUUCCCUGGUGGACUCCACGGAGUCCACGUACAUUUUUUUCUUUCAAAGUAAAAGGAUUCUUGUUUGGUAAAUAUUUUUGGAACGCUUAUUAUUACCCGGGCAGUUGGCUUAACCAACACAACUUUUAUUUUGAAGAACGGGAAUUGUGACAGGAAGUUAACCUGUUGUCGCUGCUGUAGCCAUACACGUCUAUGGCUGUAGCCGCUUUUAGAUUAUGGUCACAGAAUUUCGGUGAUAUGGUACGCUAACGCUGCCGCAGAUGUAUUAAACUGUUAUUAUUAAUUACCAAAAUGGCACCAGGAAAAAAACACACGAACAGAAACGGAGAAUCCACUGGGUACAGACCAAACAAUUCUAAAGUACAGCGAUCGGAACAUAAAAACAAGCGGAAGUGGGUUUCCGAACACAACCAAACACAUGGGAGUUUACACGAGGGCCAAGGAUUUGCUCUCAAAAGGAAGGAGAAAGUCAAACACGAGUACAGAAAAUUGCUUCGAAGGCAGUGGAAAAGCAAGGGCCAGAAAUCCGAAUUGAAAUCAGAGUAUCCAGAUCAUCUUCAGCACCUAUAUUUGGCCGAGGAGCAAAGAGAGAGAAAUGAACAGCGGAAAAGACAACGCAGUACUGAAAGAAUUGCUCCUCCGCCAAGGAAAGAGGAGAGCAGCCAAAAGCACGAGGCCCCUGCUGCUGGGGUCAGGAUGAAUGCAGUGCCUCAACCCCAACCCACAGACUGUUCCUCUGGACAGACCAAAGAGCUCUGUACACAGGCCACACCCGCAUCAUCUCCGCAACAAGACAGGAAAACGGGAAAGAAAACCACAUCGUACAACAGAACAAAGGAGCAGUACAAGAAACAACAAGAGGAGCGUAAAGAAAAGAAAGAGGCAUACCUGAAAUACACAGCUGAUCGGGAACAGGCAGUCCAGAUGUACAAAGAAAAGAAGAUGGCAACGUACAACCUCCUGAAAAGGAAAACCAAGAAGGGCCAGCCCAACUUGAAUGCACAGAUGGAGUUACUGCUUCAGAAGAUCCAACAGUCCAAACAAUAAGGAGGAUUGAGUUAUCUACCUUAUUGUCCACAAGGGUGGCUAAGGGGAAAGGCAAAGUGGAUCGGGUAAUAGGUUUGAUCAGUCCAUUAGAGCACAGUCAAUUUUUGUUGACUUCUCGGGCCCCAUGAACUGUCCGGAAAGGGGCGGACACUUGUGCACUACAUUGAUGUGACACCAAGGUGUUAUGAAACCAACCGACUAAAUGUCAGUGCAGGUCAAAAACAUAAGCAUGUGACUGAUCCAAAAGGUUUUGUUUCAGUUGUUGGAAAAAUGCAAAAUUUUUGGUGGGAACUACUUUCUCUUAAGGAUUGGACUUUGGAAUGGAAUGUAUCCAUAGUGAUUUUUCAUAUAUGCACCUGCAGGUGUUUCUUGUCAAAAGUUCAAUAUUAAAAUAAAGAAACAUUUUAUUAUUCUGA